UUCAACAUCUGUCUCACACCAAAUUCAUGUCUUUGCUUCGACGCUCAGACUCCUUCCUUUUUCCCGCACCAAAUACGUUUCUUCUUCCACUGGACUUCCUCUGUCUCCCGUUGUUUGAUCAAGGUAAAUGCCAAGUGGUUUACGAUGGGGAUACUAUCUCUAGUCAGAUUAUGGACAGUGCUUUUGCUGGUCACUAGUGGAGGAGUUUACUCUCACUCUGACUAUCUGAUUGGAAUGGGAAGCUAUGACAUCACUGGCCCCGCCGCUGAUGUUAACAUGAUGGGCUAUGCCAACAUGGAGCAAGUCGCUUCCGGUAUUCACUUCAGGCUCCGCGCUCGGACUUUCAUUGUCUCUGAGCCCCAAGGGAAGCGUGUUGUGUUUGUUAACAUUGACGCUUGCAUGGCUUCACAAAUCGUUACACUAAAAGUUAUCGAGAGGCUCAAGUCAAGAUAUGGGGAUCUGUAUACUGAAAAGAAUGUUGGCAUCAGUGGCAUUCACACCCAUGCCGGUCCAGGUGGUUAUCUUCAGUAUGUUGUGUAUAUCAUUACAUCACUUGGCUUUGUUCGUCAGUCAUUUGAUGCCCUUGUUGACGGGAUUGAGAACAGUAUCGUACAAGCUCAUGAUAACCUUCGUCCUGGUUCAAUUUUUAUCAAUAAAGGUGAACUCUUGGAUGCUGGUGUAAACCGGAGUCCAAGUGCAUAUCUUUAUAAUCCUUCAGAAGAAAGGAGCAAGCACAAGUAUAAUGUUGAUAAAGAAAUGACUCUUUUGAAGUUUGUGGAUGAUCAGUGGGGUCCGGUUGGUAGUUUCAACUGGUUUGCUACUCAUGGAACUUCCAUGAGCCGUACAAACUCUUUGAUCAGUGGAGACAACAAGGGCGCUGCAGCGAGAUUUAUGGAGGAUUGGUUUGAGCGGAACACUGCUGAAGGAUCCUACUCUGAAGAGUUUAUUUCGGAUGAGAUACCUAGAAGAGUUUCAAGCAUAAUCGAGAGUUCCCAGGACAGCCAUGAGGAGUUACUAGAGCUUGCAUCUUACUUUGAGGCACAACCUGGUAGGCCUGCAACUAGAAUUUCGAGUUCUGCAAGGCGGGUGAGGAGUGCUCUGAGGAAGGCGGACAGGCCUGGCUUUGUUUCUGCUUUCUGUCAAACAAACUGCGGUGAUGUUAGCCCAAAUGUGCUUGGAGCCUUUUGCCUAGACACUGGUCUUCCUUGUGACUUCAAUCACAGUACAUGUGGUGGGAGAAAUGAGCUGUGCUAUGGACGUGGACCAGGCUAUCCUGAUGAAUUCGAGAGCACACGUAUAAUUGGCGAGAGACAGUUCAAGAUGGCUUUGGAUCUUUUCAACGAAGCAUCUGAACAGCUGCAAGGGAAGGUUGAUUACCGCCAGGUUUACGUUGACUUUUCACAGCUUAAUGUGACACUUGUUAAGAAAGAUGGAAACUCAGAAGUUGUGAAAACAUGUCCUGCGGCAAUGGGCUUUGCUUUUGCUGCUGGAACCACAGAUGGACCAGGAGCAUUUGAUUUUACACAAGGAGAUGAUAAGGGGAACCCUUUCUGGAAGAUGGUGAGAAACGUUCUUAAACCACCUCACAAGAAACAAAUGGAUUGCCACUACCCAAAACCCAUCUUGCUUGACACUGGAGAAAUGACAAAGCCAUAUGAGUGGGCUCCGUCAAUUCUUUCACUGCAAAUAAUACGUAUUGGACAACUUUUCAUUCUCAGCGUCCCUGGAGAAUUCACAACUAUGGCUGGAAGGCGGCUCCGAGACGCAGUCAAGAAACAGCUUAAAAGCAAUGGUAAUAAAGAAUUGAGCGGUGAGAUUCACGUCGUGAUAGCUGGAUUAGCUAAUGGUUACUCACAAUAUGUGACUACCUUUGAGGAAUACCAAGCGCAAAGAUACGAGGGCGCAUCUACAUUAUUUGGCCCACACACCCUCAGUGGCUACAUUCAAGAGUUCAAGAAGCUCUCCAAAUCUCUCGUCCUUGAUAGGCCUGUUCAACCGGGGCCUCAACCGCCGGAUCUCCUAGACAAGCAAGUGAGCUUCCUCACACCAGUCGUGAUGGACACAACUCCUGCCGGAGACAGUUUUGGAGAUGUAAUCUCGGAUGUUCCCAAAAACUUGUCCCUGAAGAGAGGAAAUGACCUGGUGACUGUUGUAUUCCAAUCAGCUUGCCCUAGAAACGAUCUACUGACUGAAGGUACGUUUGCUCUGGUGGAGAGACUAGAACGGGAGGACAAGACUUGGACCCCAGUUUAUGACGACGAUGACCUAUGUCUGAGGUUCAAGUGGUCGAGGCCUAAGAAGUUGAGCUCCCGGAGUGAAGCCACAGUGGAAUGGAGAGUUCCUGAGUCUGCAUCACCAGGGGUUUACAGGAUCACCCAUUUUGGUGCUGCAAAGAGUCUCUUUGGGUCAGUCCAGCAUUUCACAGGCUCUUCUAGUGCUUUCCUUGUAACAUAAAACAAGUAAAAACUACAAGUAGAUGAAGUAUCGUUGUAUAGGCCUACAUGAAUGCACUGCUGUUAUAUACUGAUGCUGAGAAGUAUAGUAGAAUCCAACACAGCUUUUCUUGUAAUGCUUCACAUUACAAUUUUAUCUUGUUGCGUUAGUGAAUUGAAGUUGGUUUGUUGAUGAGUAA